AUGGAAUUUACGCAAAGCGGAUUGAUAUGUUUUUUGAAAUACGUCGAGGAAAACAUAAACCCAAUAAAACCAGGGACGGCCGAUUACAUUAGAUUCGUAAAACUUCUAAAAACAGUGGCUAAAAAAUCAAUACCUAUAAGACACAGACGUAGCUAUACUCCGUGUUGGACGAAGGAAUGUGAGAUUCUACUCGGUGAGAAUAAAAAGGAUGGGAAGAAUGUAAAUGCAAAUCGAUUGGUUGGACUAUUAGACGAAGAACGAAGGAAGAGGUGGCUAGAGGCCAUGGAUAAUUUAGAUUUCACCCAUUCUAGCAGAGAAAGCUUUUGUUAA